GCAGCAGAUAAAGAGGAAAGUGCAACUCAUCCUUACUCCCCGAAUGAAGGCGAAAGAGCAAAAAUUAUCUGUAAUCCCACCCCUGACUCCGCAUAUCAGCAAACCAAGAACGGGCCUGUUAUGUGAUUAGACGCAGUUUGCCGGGACUCUUCCUUUGGGCUUCAACGACAGCAAUCCAUCCUUUCAGAACCAGCCACAAUGCCUGAGUACAAACUGAUCUACUUCAACUUGAAGGCAAGGGCCGAACUCAUCCGCUGGAUCUUCGCCUAUGGGGAGAUUCCUUACACGGACGAACGCAUCGAGAAAGAGGACUGGCCUGCGAUGAAGAGCACCAUACCCUUUGGAAAACUACCUUGUCUCAUGAUCGACGGCAAACCUCUGCACCAGUCUAUUGCAAUUGCCCGUUACGUGGCCAAAAAAGCUGGACUGGUGCCCGAGUGUAGUUUGCAGGCAGCCUACUGCGACGCCAUUGUGGACACCGUUACUGACAUCGGCAUGGAACUCUACAAGCUUCACGUCAUGAAAGACGAGGCGGAGAGGAAGAAGCAAUUUGCCGAAGUCAACCAGAAGACCGUAGCGCCAGCAUUUUCUGACAUGAACAAGAAACUCGAGGGACAGCAGUGGAUCGUCUCUGACAAGAUCACGUGGGCUGACCUUGCAAUCGGGAUGAUCAUAGGAAGCAUUGUGAACAAAAAGGAGGAAUUGUUGAAACCUUAUCCAAAGCUGGCGUCUCACGCCCUCAAAGUCCAAUCUCUCCCCAAGAUCAAGGAAUGGAUCGACAAGUCGCCGAAGACGGAGAUGGGGAAACUGGACGGCCAACAUCAAGUGAGGCUCGCAUUCCGCAACGCUUCCUACGACAGAAUACAAACAAUCCAAUCAGAUUGUCAGAAUGUUUCCGAAUCCAACUGUUUCGAGAAAUCACACACUCGUAAACAGGUGAGAGAGAGAGAGAGAGAGAGAGUGAGUGUAAUAAACUAUUUGUACCUUCUCUCUGGUACCACGAUCAACGGCGCGAGACUGCGGGAACGAGCUAUGCUUGAACGUACAUUUUGCCCUUUGUCACUGCAGUCUGAUACACCAUCAAUCUCACAGGAUUCUGUAACUGCUUCCACAUCCUUGAGACCAGCCACAAUGCCAGAGUACAAGCUGAUCUACUUCAACUUGCGGGGAAGAGCAGAGCUCACUCGCUGGAUCUUCGCCUACGGAGGCGUUCCUUACACGGACGAACGCAUCGAGAAGGAUGACUGGCCUGCAGUGAAGAACACCCUACCGAACGGGAAACUGCCUUGCCUGAUGGUCGACGACAAACCGUUGCCCCAGUCGCAGACAAUAGCUCGCUACGCGGCCAAGGAAGUAGGCCUAGUGCCCGAAGACAGCUUCCAAUCGGCCCUGUGCGAUGCUGUCGUCGACACCAUUACCGAUAUCGCCAUGGAACUCUACAAGCUUCACGGCAUGACAGACGAGGAGGAGCGAAAGAACCAAUACUUAGAAGUCCGAGAAAAGACAGUGGAACCAGCACUCAGCUACUUGGAGAAACAACUCGACGGUCAAGAGUGGAUCGUUGGAGAAAAGAUCACAUGGGCUGACCUUGCAAUAGGCUCGAUUCUGGGAGCCAUCGUCCAGAGGAAGGAGGACUUCUUAGCAUCUCACCCAAAGCUGGAGGAGCACGUCACGAAAAUACAGUCUCUUCCAAAGAUUCAGGAAUGGAUCGAAAACUCACCCAAAACUGAGAUGUAAUAAAUAUCAAUUUGCUUGCUUUUACGUCCAA